CCCAACAGAAACUCUCGAGUCCUCAUCUCCGCCGCCUUCCCCGAACCGGCGCGGCUCUUAUCGACGGCGUUCCACCUCCCCACCGCCUUCGCUCGCGUCUGGUCGGUGCUGCCCUCCAUCCGUAGCUUAGCGAGUUCCUGGAGCCGGUCGCCACCACCGCUCGCGAGCGCCGCCUAAUUUAUCUGAAGAAUAAUGGAAGGCGGAGGAGGAUGGGGAGCAAAGGACGAAGAUGAAGAUGAAGAGCACCAUCGAAACCCUUUCCUUUCUAAUAGCGUCAACAAACCUUCAGCUUCUAAGCAUCAAUUCCGGAGUGAAGUAUCGAAGGCUCUUUGGGUUGAAGAGAUGGGUAUGGGGGAGAUAGUGGAAAAGAAGGGAAGCUUGUGGUCCACCACUGGUGUAGCAAAAACUAACAAGCUCUAUUGCCACAUUGAAGAAAUAUUGUUUUUGGCUGAAAAAGAGGCAUUAAUUCUCACAAGUCCUAAUGAUAAGAAACUCAGUGUUGGAGAUAUUUAUGAGAAGGUCAUAGGAGCUAAAUUUGGGUGUUCAUGGGAGUCUUUUCAGGCAUAUAAGCAUCUGAAAUCCCUUGGCUACAUAAUUCAGCGAUGUGACACCUCUUGGACAUCUAAGAAUGAUCAAAUCUUCUGUAGCUCCAAUUCUUCAACAUGUAAAAAUAAGGGGACUUAUGAUGGCCUAGAUUCAAUUUCUGACUUGUUAGAAGGAAUGCGAAUCAACAACCUGAAGCCAUUGUAUAAUGUUUACUUGCCUAACAGCAAGUUCAGAAAAUCUUCCCCUGGUGAUCCAGAUUUCCUGCUGUGUGUAUUAAGAGAUAAUCCACCUUCAAUAUCAGAAUUAGAAAACCUGGAGGAGUGUGAUGGUUUGCGGUUGAAGUAUUGCUAUGUCAACAAUGGACGGGCAAGCUUCUUUUCAAUGGAGAAAGGAUCAAUUCCAACCUUGCCAUGAUGAGCCUGUAGGGUUAGCCAUACAUUACAAUUUCACCAUAUGCACUACGCUCAUCAUAGGACUAAAUUCCAUGCCUGGUGGGAAUUUUAAGUCACACAGAAGAACAAUCAGUGCCCCCGAGCUUUGGGAAAUCUUAUUCCACAAGGAUGUGAUAAUACUCUGGGCUUGCUUUCGUUCUGCUACCCCACUUUCAACAUCACUACAUAUGACUUCUUCGAAAAGAAAUAUUCAAAUGAUGAAGGGGAGCUUUGGCACAACUAUAAAGUUGUUAUCAUGUGAUUUUGAGGUUACAAGUUUAAGUCACGGAAACAAACUCUUGCAAUGCAAGAUAAGACCAUUUUUCUGGAAUCCAUUUUAACUGAACUCGAGCACCCGACUGCCCUUUUAGAUAUCUUACAAAUGAAGAAUGCAAGCUUACGAGGUCAGUUACCUCAGAGGACUUUGCUUUUAACAUAUUCUACCAAGUAAAUUAUUUGUUCCAACUGAUAGAAGUUAUCUUGAAAGCAUUCAUCUAUUUUUGCACUAGUAAACAAAUUAUUUGGUAAAACUGUUUGAAUUAUAUGACUGAAAAUUUGUUAUUGUACAUUUUGCAUAUUCUAUUAUUAUGUUUUGAGUGUAAGAGAAUUUGAUGAUGAAAGAAGAAUAGUUUGUUGCUAA